AUGCCUGCGAGCUUACAGCCCUUGGACGUCGGAAUUCAGGUUCCGUAUCAUUUCAGAUGUCCAAUUUCUCUUGAGCUCAUGAUGGAUCCAGUCAUCAUUGGAACCGGUCAGACAUAUGAUCGUUCAAGCAUCGAGUCAUGGGUGGCCACCGGAAAUACCACUUGCCCUGUCACGCGCCUCCCGCUCACCGAUUUUACGCUCAUCCCUAACCACACGCUCCGCCGUCUAAUCCAGGAGUGGUGUGUCGCCAACCGUUCGUAUGGUGUGGAACGGAUUCCUACGCCGAAGCAACCUGCUGAUCCGGUGAUGGUCCAGUCAUUGCUUAAACAGGCGUCGUCGGUGUCGAACACGCGGCACGCUAGGCUGUCUGCGCUUCGUCGGCUCCGGGGGCUCGCACGUGAUUCGGAUAAAAACCGUUUGGUUCUCUCAACGCAGAAAGCGUGUGAGAUUUUAUUGGACGUGUUGUUCUCCGAAACCAAUCGCAACUCGUCUGAUUUGACUCACGAGUCGCUUGCGAUUCUAGCGAUGCUCGCGCUUUCUGAGACGGAGUGCCUUUUGGUGUCUUCCGAUCCAGAUCGGAUCUCGUAUCUGAUUUCGCUUCUGUCACAUUCGUCAAUUGACGUACGAGUCAACACGGCCGCGUUGCUUGAGAACGUUGUCACCGGUACAAGAUCUCCGGAACUCCGAGCAGAAAUCACCAGUCACGAUGAAAUAUUCGACGGAAUAGUCGGAAUUCUCGAUUAUCCUUUGACGUAUCCGCGAGCCUUGAAAAUCGGAAUUAAGGCGUUGUUUGCUUUUUGCAUGGUGAAGCAACACCGGCACAAAGCGGUUGAGGCAGGAGCAGUGGAGGCGCUCAUUGACAGGUUGCCGGAUUUUGAGAAAUGCGACGCUGAGAGAGCGCUGGCGACGGUGGAGCUAUUAUGCCGAAUACCAUCAGGAUGCGUGGCCUUCGCGUCUAACGCGCUUACAGUGCCCCUGCUCGUAAAGGUCAUCCUGAAGAUCUCGGACCGUGCGACGGAAUACGCCGCUGGAGCACUACUGUCGCUCUGUUCCGCCGCAGAAUGGUUGGAAGGGGAGGCGGUGGCGGCAGGGGUUUUGACGCAGCUGUUGUUGCUUGUUCAAAGCGACUGUACAGAGCGAGCUAAGCGAAAAGCGCAAAUGCUACUGAAACUUCUCCGGAAUUCCUGGCCGGAAAACUCGAUAAUGAAUUCAUACGAUUUCGGAUGCAGCGACGUCGUUCCGUUUUGA